GAAGUGAAAAAAGAUCGCAUAACAAAUUUUUUCGCGGCAUCCCCGCACACUUGUCAAUCGUGUAGCUGGCGAGACAUUUUUGAAUUUUUAUUUUUAACUUGUUUUCAGUGUUUUACUAGGUGAAAAAUGUCGAGUGCGGGUCGCAAGCGUGCGGCGCCGGCGUCCAGCCGCGGUGGGGCGAAGGUCCCGCGGCGCAAGAAGCCCGUGGUCUCCGAGGACGAGGACAGCAAUGACUCCACGCAGUCCAACCCUGCGCCGGAGCCCAGGAGCCCUUCGCCUGAGCUCGAGGAGCCUACCACUAAGUUACCUGAGGAGUUGCUGGAGACAUUCUGCAAGCCUCCUGGCACGCUGCUGAUCGCCGGGAUGGUCUCCUGGGAUAUGGUGGCCCGCCGCGACAACAACCCCACCAAACGGACCCACCCCAAUCUAUACACAUUCCAUAAGUUCACCGACAGACGGUAUCGUCUGAUCGUGAGCGGCUGCACCGCUGGUCAUUCUGUGUUAGUGUCGGAAGAUGGCGAAGCCUACACUUUCGGUCGCAACACGUGCGGUCAGCUCGGGUUUGGCGACACGACGACGCGCAACGUGCCCGAGCCGGUGCCGAUGCUGCGCGGCAAGAGCAUCAUCCACGCAGCAGUUGGCAGGCACCACACGCUCUUUGUCACUGACACCGGCACCGUGUACGCAUGCGGGGACAACAAGAGCGGUCAGUGCGGCAUCGGGAACACCACGCCCCAAGUGGUCAAGCCGACGCGCAUCAAAUACAACGGCGCUCCGAUUGUGAAGGUAGGGUGCGGUGCCGAGUUCUCCAUGAUCCUGGACUGUAACGGGAUCCUGCACUCGUUCGGCAUGCCGGAAUACGGGCAGUUGGGCCACAACACCGACGGCAAGUACUUCGUGACGUCUACGAAGCUGUCGUUCCACUUCGAGACUGUGCCGAAGCAGGUCGCGCUGUUCGUGCAGAAGUCCAAGGAUGGGUACGUGGCGCCUGUGAAGGACGUCGCCAUUGUGGACUUCUCCUGCGGGAAUAAUCACACGGUCGCGAUAGACUCCAAGAAGCGUGCGUUCAGCUGGGGCUUCGGCGGGUUCGGGCGGCUCGGUCACGCCGAGCAGAAGGACGAGAGCGUGCCGCGGCUGAUCAAGUACUUCGACACGGUGGCGCGCGGCGUCCGCUCCGUACACUGCGGCGGCACGUACAGCCUCGCCGUCAAUGAUUACGGUGCCCUCUUCAUGUUCGGACAGACCAAGAGGACCGGGGAGGCCAACAUGUAUCCGAAACCAGUCCACGAUCUCACCGGUUGGAAUAUCAAGAGCGUGGGCGUGAGUAACACGUCGAUAGUGAUCGCGGCGGACGACUCUCUCAUCGCGUGGGGCGUCUCACCCACAUACGGGGAACUGGGUAUGGGCGAGAUAAACAAAUCCUCAGCAAAGCCCAAGGAAGUGAGCCGCAUGGAUGGCCUCAACAUAUCUCAAGUGACCAUGGGCUACUCCCACACUCUGCUGCUCUGCGAUGACACUUCCGAGGAGGUGAAGCAGAAAAUCGCCAACCUGCCCGCGUUCGACCCUUAAACGGGGUCGACACAGGCCUCUAGACUCAACCAAGUGGCUCCAGCCACAUUACCAUGUGAGUCUACGACUCUUUUAUGUCAUUGAAUGUUGUAUUAUGCGGUCCGGGGGUGGGUUUAUACAGGAGGGAACCAAGUGUUGUGUUUAGAAUAGGCUGUAUUAUGUUGUUAGCACUGGUGACGUAAGAUUGUCAGGUAUAUCCCCGUUUCUAUAUUGACACUGUUGUAGUAGUUUAUUCAAAAACUGACUUAAAUGGUGUUGCAUACAGUGCACUGUAUACAAAUUGGUUCUAAUGUAUAUCUGAUCAAUAACAAUUCAUUUAAAGUACUAACCACAUAGUUGAUGUCAGUUUAUGACUACACUUAGACAUGGAGCCAAUAUGUGGAAGGGAAGAUGUAGUGCAAUCUUACUCACAAAUGCUGAUUAUAUCGUAUGUUGUAUAGCAUUUUGGCCCAUUCAGUAUUUCUUUAUGAAACAGUUUGCCAAUAUUAUUCUAAAGUUGACUUUCACUUGUUUCAUACAUUUUACAAGAACUUCAAUCUUAAUGGCUAAAUAAUUAUUGAGUAAUCACUAUUACACUAUUAUCACCAACAUUUCUCUAAUUUCGAAAGACCCUAGAACCAGUGGAAACUCAAUAAAGGGGAAAUUAAACCAUACAAAAGCUUCUUCCAAAUCGGAUUCAUAGUUUUUGAGAAAAAUUAUGGACAUAAAAACAUAUAUACGGGUCAAAUACAGGACUUGUUUUUUUUAAGCAGGUAAAACAUAUCUCUUGUCCAAUAAAAAUAUUAAACAAUAGUAUAAAAGUCUGUCAUUAUGUCCGUACCACUCGGUUCUAUAUAGAAGCGCCCUAAACACCUGUAAAUAAGACCCACCCCUAGCGGACACGCUUAGAUGUAUAGAUGUUUUUGAAACUCCUUUAAUAUAACGCACUGCCACUGAAUGUUGUACCAUAGACUAAAUGGAACACAUAAAAUUUUUUCCACAAUCGCUGUUAACUAAAGACUGUAUAUGUGUUUUUGAACGUAUUAUUUUUAUUCAAUCACGUAACUGUACAUUAUUGUGAACGUUUAAAUUAUGUUUGGUUUUUUAACAUACCUUGAUAAUCUUUUAAUGAUUGUAAAGCGGGGUACAGGCGGGUGUUUUGGGCCGUAAGGUAUUCUUCGCUAUUAUAUCAACAUAGGAGUCCUUUACACUAAAUAUGUGUUAAGAUAUGGCCAUGAUGUUGAUGGCCAGAGUCGAUAAACCUUGUUGACAGCGAAUCACGGAUCGAUUUUGAUCAUAAAUCAAUGAAAAUAACAUAUGUUGCAGCGCCUUCAAUAUUUAUACAGGCCUCAUUUCAAGUCUGUUAAAAACACAUUAGGGUGCAUGUCAAUUAUACGGUUUCAAAAUGCCCGUCUAACUAGACUUGAUAAUUAUAAUUACCUUUAACAGAUACUGCCACAUUAAUUACGCUACUUUAUGUGACCUUUGGAAUAUCUUAGAUCUUGUCCCAGUAUACUUGUAAUGUUUAGUUAGUUAAUUAGGUGUAAAAUAUUGCGUACGUUAUGAAAAUUAUUGCGAAACGAGUUAUAGAAAUAAAAUCAACCGAUUGGACGAUUAGUAUGAGCCUGUAUAGGAAAAACUUAAUUUUCAAUUUCCUAACAUCUUAAUGCUAGGUAAGACUCGCCCAAAUUAUAAGAUACAAUUAUAUGGCUUUGGACGAUAUACCAUGUUUGGGUUUUGUUUUUUUUUUACCAACAGGGAGCAUGCAGCCAAGUUAGGGCCUCAGACGGCUUUCAAUACAUAGUCUUACUUUGAAUAAACAUUUGUUUUGUUGCAGCGAAAGGAUAAAAUUAAUUGGGUAAAUAACUGUUCAUAAACCAUUUCAUAUUUGUUAAAAUACAAGAGCGCAGUUUUACAAUCAAUGUGACCACAUAUUUUUAUAGCUGCCCUAUCUAAAUCAUGCCUUAGCGUGAUGCAGUGAUAUAUUAUCGUAUGUUUUAUAAAAAAAAAACCGAGCUCUACUCAUUUAUUAAUCGACAUAAAAGUACAAAGCCGAUUAUAAUUUGUAUUUGAACAAUCAACCAACAAAAAUCAGUAAAUUGUACUUAACAUAGAAAAACGACUCGUUUCGCUAAUCCAUGUGUUUCUCUGUAAGUUAUCAUCAACUUGACUGUCCAUUUAGUAAGAUGAUGUUUUUUUAUAACUAUAGCAUGGGGCGAGUGUGGUAAUGAUGGAUGUCGAGCCUAGAGCCCAGGGCCUUAUUUUCUAUGACAGUGAGAACUACGUCCGUGUUUCGUUAACUUCGUGAAGUUAGCGCGGAAUGGUACUCUGUAUGCCAAUUUUGACGUAAACGCGAGGAGUUGCGUUACGUGAACUGUCAAAAUAACUUGUGGCAUAGGGAAUUAGGACCCUGGGGUUAGCCAAAACAGUUUUGUACAAUCUUUAACGCCGAUAGAAAACUAAAAAAUAUAUAUACAGGGUCAUUUUGACAUUCCAUUAUUAAAUGAACCUAUGUACUCGUCUACACCUCUGCUAACUUUGUGCCAAAAUUUAUCCAUGAAUGGUGGGUAUUUUUACCAAAAAUUCCGGUUUUAAUUUUCUGUAUUUUUAAUCAUUUUGAAAUAUGGCGUGUGCGUGAGUGUAUUUCUGAUAAUUUGAUGUAAUCGCUGCGACAGAGUCUCUUACUGUAUUAGUAGUGGCAUAAAUUAAAAUAAGUAUGUGGUUUCAUUUAGUAGCGCAAUGUCAAAAUAAGCCUGCAUAGGAGUGACCCAAGCGACAGAGUAUCGCUACGAUAUAUCAUUCUCUUAUAUAUAUGUGUUUCCUUUUGACGUAAAUGAUUGAACAAAACCAUUGUGGCUUCGGCCACUGAUGAGUUGAGGUGAAAAUGUUGACCAACAGGAGUGCUUAAACUAAACAUGACGUCAUUAACUCUCUUAUUGGCUCAUAAUAAUGUCAACGAUGGUGGUUAGGCAAAAAAAACAAGAUUUUAUGUAACCUACUAUAGUGUGUAGUUGCAGAUACACCUCCCUAAAAAUAAUUUUGGCGGCGCCCAUGCAGGUAACCUCUUUGUUUUUGCAAAAAGCACUUUAGGGUGCGGAAACCUCGGCAGAGUAACAGCGUGAGUAAACUGUUUUUGGGAUAGUAUUUAUAUACUUAACAUCACCAUCACGUAAGUAUCCCAUUCCAGGAUCAUCUUGGGUUCCCAACAGACCAGCGAAGGCUAAUCAUCUCUCGUCAUUCGACGCUAUUUGGACUCCACUCCUUUUAAAAUUAGUUGUAAUGAUGUCAUUUUCCAUGUCCAUAUAAAAAGAAAUAGUGCAGUGUCUUCCCUUUGCUGGGUUGAAAUAAAAAAUACAGCGCUCAGUCAACAUUUUGAACUUUCAACGCUCCAUUGAAGUAAGCGGAUGGUGUGGUGUUUGUGGGUACUUCGAUGUGCCUUCAAAAAUAUCAGGCAUACCUCUACUAACAAAUGUAUGCGGUUGUAACUUGAACCGGUAACAAAGUACUAACAAGUAACUUAUGCGAAUGAUCACUGCCGUGUAUAAACUAGGCAGCACCGGGACAGUGUAGUUUCAUAAAAGUUCACGGAGAAAAAACCACAUUAAAAUAGUUAUGAGUGUAACUUCGUGGUUAAAAAAUCCAUAGAUAAUUGUUACUGAAAUUCUCUAAACCCGCUGCCCUGUAAGCGUAUAAUGUGAAUCGUACUAUAGUAUUGUCCACUAGCAUUUUCCUAAUAGUAUUAAAUUGACCAGAUUCGUAUUAGAUUAAAGAUGAUCAGAAAACGUUUUGGUAAUAGUUUCCAUCAUAUAUAUUUAUUUUAAUUAAAAAAACAAUAAUUCUAGUUAUAUAAAGGCACUAAAUAGCGGAUCAAUGGAACAGUCGCAUGCCAUAUUGAUCUAAUAUGCACCAGGUUUCAGACACACAAAAGAAAAUCAUGUCUUCUUAACUUUGAAGUCGUUUUUUGUCUGUCAUGUUUAAUCUAGUACAAAGUAAUAUAUAUUCUACAUAAAUUAUUUUUUAAAGUACAUCGAAGAGGUUGUGUGAGAAUGUGUGAAUUCGUGAUACGCUCAAUUAGAAUGGAAAUUAUUUUAUAAAAUUCAAGAUGUUAAUGUUCGACGUAUCUGUCUAAGAUUAAUUUCUUAAGCGCACGCCGAGAUUCCGUCUCGUUUCCAGUCCGGGGUGAGAACUAUAAAAUGAACUUAAAUAAACUGCCUUGUGACGUCAUUUAAUUUAAUAAUUAUUCAUUGGCCAUUUUAGUCUAUUUCUCCAAAAGGUCAGUUUUGAAAUUUAAGGGCCACCUUUUUGUUAUCUUUUUCUUAUAUUUAGAAUAUUAGAGGUUGAUUUGUUUCUGGAUGACAAUGACCGAAUUACAUAAACUGUUUAAUGAUCACUGAAGUUAAUGACGUUUCUGAUCGUGGCUGUAAAAGUACGCAUCGAAAUCAUAUUAGGAUUAUACGUUACAAGCAGUUCUUUUUUUAAAAAAAACAAUAAAAUAUUUUUUUAAUAUAUAAAGAUAUGUUGUCAGUUUUCGAAAAAACCCAGCAUUGAGCAGAUAAUUUUGAAAUUGUGAUUAACUUGAGGAAAUAAAGUUGCUUUUUAUAGAUUUCAACUAUAAUGGACCGUUACGUUUAAUAACAAUUGGGAUAGGGGUUAUGUUUUCUAAAAAGAAUAUUAGGAAGUAUUAGAAUCAAUUUUUUACUUUAAUCUAAUUAUUAUUACUAUAAAUAGGUACGUGUUGUGUAUUUCAAGCGAAAAUAUUAAUUAAGGCCCUCGCACACUUAGAAAAGGAUACAUCGCAUAGCAAACAAAACACAUUUAAAAUAUUUGAAGUGUCGCCUUAUAAUGUGUAAAAACAGCUUCAUUGUAUUUCUAUACGAACUCCUCCCAUUUUUAAAGGUACUCAAGAUUCCCGACAUAAUCAAAGGAAUAUAUUUCACUUAUUAUUCUGCUUACACUCGGCACACUACCGCGAGUUGGAGUAUUUUUUGUAGCUACACUUGCUAUAAGCUAAUUUACUGGUUAACCUCGCUAAUAAAAUGUCAAUAUUUUACUAAAAUUUUAAUUUUAAGGAUACCUUUUCCCAAGUGUGUGCAGGGCAUUAUGAUACCGUUCCCUUUCAUACAUCUGCUAAAUUUUCAAUCACUUCUCAAAGACAUGACAAUUUCACUUGAAUAUAAUCGAAUCUCGUAACAAUUCGGUUGAUAUCUUAAUCUCAAUAUAAAUGCCCACCAUUGAACACAUUAUCACAGUCUAGACCUUCAUACAGUCUGUAGUCAAUGCCGAAAUUUUGAGCUAUAGAAAGGAGAUACCAGCGGUAAUCGGUAUCAUAGCGUGGUGUCUCUGGUUAGACAUAUCAUGCAGACUGUAUGAAAUAUACUGUGGAAUUAGUAUACGAGUUAAUAUUAAAAUAUGGUAAUUAAAACAUUUGUAAGUAUAAGUUCUGCAUGAUUUAGGAAUGAUUCUGAAAGCGUUUUGGUUGUUGAAUUUUCGUCGAUCAUGUUUUACUUAAUCGGUUUUUAACUGUACCUCCGACAGCCGAUUUAAAAGUCCAUUAUAAAUUAUAUUCUUUGAUCUAAUAUGUGGUGAACACAGGUUCAGGCAAACUCAGGCCUUGCUCAAACAAGGCAGACAAACUCAAGCCACUGGCCAGCAAUCAAGAAAUAAAAUAAUACACAACUGCUUUCAGAAUAAUUCUUUACAUGAGUGACGAGCAUUUGCUAGUAAAAGGCCUUUAAUUAGUACGGUGAAUUUUAUCCUAUUAAGUAUUGUAUACCACCUCACUUAUAAAUUAUAUAUGUCUGCCAUAUGUACAAUAUUUGGUUUGAUGACGUAUUGACACUAAGCUUGAUGCCUUUAAAUGAGUCAGUGCGCGCUGUAAACGCAAGUAAAACGCGCAGUAAACGCGAUGCGGCGAACUAUCAACUUCAUUAUACAUUUACGUAAUGAAGCGUAUUACAAAAACGGCGUGUCGUAAAUGGACUUGAAGAACGUGUUUACGUCAUACAAAGUAGAAUAUUGUAUUAUUUUUAAAGACAAUUAUUUUUAGUAUUUUUUUAAACUACGUGUGUACUUAACAAACCCACUGCCAUGUGUGUUGUGUAAAACAUAUUGUGUGGUCUUAUCCAUGCAUUGUGUUCGAAUUAAAUGCUUUUAUUUUUAUUGCUGUAAAUGCUCGUUAUGAUCCAAGCUCCAAUGAUCUUUCCAGUUUAGUUUAAGAUUAUAGUUAAGGCAUAGGUGUAAAUUUAAUUUUAGAGUAACCGAAAGGUAAAUACAAUAUGCUUUAUAAAUAUCCAUUAAAACUGUUGCUUUUUAAUAUAUAUUUUUUUACUAUUGUUUCUUAGAAUUUGUUUGAAUACUUCAUUUUUGACUGUAUUUAAAAACAAUUGUUUUGAACUUGCACAUAAGCUUGACGUUAAGGUACAGUGCAACGACAAAUUAAUGUUGAAACAAAUUGUGCAGUCACCUUUAUGUUGGUAAAAAUUAAAUACGCAUAAUUAUUAUGUAAAAAAUAUUUUCCUGACUGACACAUGAGGUGUUUAAGAAUUAAUCCAACAGUUCAAAUUAGUCAUAUAUUUAGGUUUUUUUAUGAUAACAUAAAAAAUAGCAUUAAUUAAAAUACCAAAAUGUUACAGUCUAAAUAUCUACUUGUAUUUAAUUUUUAUGAACAGGUCAUUUUCUGGCAACACCUUCGGUUUAAAUAGUGUAAUUUGCUACGGUACUUAUUUACUUAAGGUUUAAUAUUAAGUAUCAUUGUCGUGUCAAUGUAAAACAUUCCCACUACCUUGUGACUAAAUAGACUGUUUAUAAAAUCUUUAUAAUUAUGAUAGAACAAAAAAUGUGUACUCGAAGUCAAUAGUUGCUCGUCCUGGCGUACAGCGACCCGCCAUAUCGGAUUAAAUGACGCGGUUUAAACGACCGCCAUUUUGUCAAGAUAGCGCCUAAUGGAUUUGAUUUAACAUUCAGCCAGGAUGGUAUCUCACUAGUAUGUAUAUUCUGUAAUAUUUGGAGUAAAUAGAAGAUUUGUGUCUACUUCCGUGUCAUUUAUUAAUUUCUUACGUCUCUCGCUCUUGGCGCGUACUAAUGUAAAGUCUAUCACUAAGUAACCCAUAUAUACAGGUUUUUUAAAGAAUUUAUUGUUAGAGGGGAUAAUCUCAGUGACUGGAUGUUAUGUGUGAACUAACGGGUACAAAAUAAUGUAGAAACCUUGCCAACGAGUUUGAAACUUAAUUUGAUAAUAAACGUUUUCUUUUUCUUUA